AUCAAGAUCUCACCAAACCCCCUUAUGGGUUUUUUGCUCUUUAUUUAUUAACUCAACAACCCCUUCCUGCCAUUCCACACAUCUGUACAAUUUACAAACAACAAUCAACACACUCCCUCUUCAAGCCUUUCUAUAUAGGGUCUUGAAGAGCCAAAAUCAAUAUCUGAUUAGUCUUUCUGUAUUCUAACAAAAUAGAAUUUGUCUAUAAAUGGGUAAAGUCUUCAAUUUAGCUGAGGUCUCCCAGCACAACAAUGCCAAGGAUUGUUGGCUCAUUAUUAGUGGCAAGGUGUAUGAUGUGACAAAAUUCUUGGAAGAUCACCCGGGUGGUGAUGAUGUUUUAUUGUCUGCAACAGGAAAGGAUGCAACUGAUGAUUUUGAGGAUGUUGGACACAGCAGUAGUGCUCGAGCAAUGUUGGACGAGUAUUAUGUAGGAGAAAUCGAUUCUUCAACCAUCCCAACAAGUGUAAAGUACACUCCUCCAAAGCAGCCUCAUUACAACCAGGACAAAACAACAGAGUUCAUCAUCAAGAUCCUCCAGUUCUUGGUUCCUUUGAUUAUUUUGGGAGUUGCUGUUGGCCUCCGCUUCUACACCAAACAGUCAACUUGAAUUGUGAUCUCAUAACAAGAAUUGAAAUC